AUGGGUGGGGAGCCUAUGGUGCGGGGGUCAUUAACGAGGCCAUGGGUGGGGAACCUGCGGUGUGGGGUCAUUAACGAGGCCAUGGGUGGGGAACCUAUGCGGAUUCACACAGGAGAGAAGCCGUACCACUGCAAUCUGUGUGAGAAAACAUUUUCACAAUUAUCAUCUCUAAAUUCACAUCAACGCAUUCACACAGGAGAAAAGCCUUAUGACUGCAAAGUCUGUGGCAAGAAGUUUUCACAAUCAGGAAGUCUAUCCGAACAUCAGCGCAUUCACACAGGACAGAAGCCCUAUGCCUGCAAACUCUGUGGCAAGACGUUUUGUCAGGCAAGGGGGCUAAGAAAACACCAGGUCAUCCACACAGGACAGAGACCUUACAAAUGUGAACUCUGUGGCAAAACGUUUUCAUGGACAAGACAGCUAAUUAUACAUCAGCGGAUUCACACAGGAGAGAAGCCCUACCAUUGCAAUCUAUGUGACAAAACGUUUACACGAUCAUGUCAGCUAAAAUCACACCAGCGAAUUCACACAGGGCAGAAGCCCUACAAUUGUGAAGUCUGUGGCAAGAAGUUUUCACACUCACACAAUCUAAAAUCACAUCAGCACAUUCACACAGGACAUAAGCCCUACCACUGCAACCUGUGUGACCAAACAUUUUCAAGUUCAGGUAGUCUAAGGACACAUCAGCGUAUUAUUCACUUAGGAGAAAAGCCCUUCUCCUGUGAAUUCUGUGACAAAAAGUUCGCAACUGGAUCUAAUCUAAAGGUACAUCAGCGCAUUCACACAGGAGAGAAGCCCUACCUUUGCAACCUGUGUGAGAAAACAUUUGCACAGUCAUCACAACUAAAAUCACACCUGCCCGUUCACACCGGACAGAAGUCUUACCCCUGCAACCUGUGUGGCAAAAAGUUUACAUGUGCAGGCAGUGUGGCCACACAUCAGCUCAUCCACACUGGAGAAAAGCGCCAUGAAUGUGAACUCUGUGGCAAACGAUUCUCACAGGCAAUCCAUCUGAGGAGUCAUCAACUCACUCACACUGGAGAUAAGCCGUACCACUGUGAACUGUGUGACCAGUGCUUUACAUCGGCACAUAGUCUAAAGAUACAUCAGCGCACUCACACAGGUGAGAGGCCCUACUCCUGCGAUUCAUGUGGAAAGAAUUUUUCAGUUGCGUCAGCUCUUAAGUGUCAUCAGCGCAUUCAUACAGGCGAGAAACCCUACCAUUGUGUAGUAUGUGAACAAACCUUUACACAUGCUUCAAUUCUAAGGAACCAUCAGCGCAUUCAUACAGGCGAGAAACCCUACCACUGCAAAUUGUGUGAGAAAACGUUUUCCCAACUAUGUCAUCUACAUGUACAUCAGCGUGUUCACACGGGAGAAAGGCCGUACUCCUGCAACCUGUGUGAGAAACGUUUUUCACAGUCAAUUAGUUUGGAGAAUCAUAAGCGCAUUCACACUGGAGAGAAACCUUACCACUGCAAAUUAUGUGACCAAACGUUUAGACAGUCAUCAAGUCUAAAAUCACAUCAGCGUAUUAUUCACUUAGGAGAUAAGCCCUAUAACUGUGAUUUAUGUGGUAAGAACUUCUCAACUGGAUCUCAGCUAAAGGACCAUCAGCGCAUUCACACAGGCGAGAAGCCCUUUUCCUGUGAUGUAUGUGGUAAGAAGUUUUCACACAGGAAGUGUCUAAAGGAUCACCAGCGCAUUCAUACAGGAGAGAAACCCUACUCCUGCAAUGUGUGUGACAAAACAUUUACACAGUCAUCAACUCUAAAAUCACAUCAGCGUAUUCACACAGGCGAGAAGCCUUACACCUGCAAACUAUGUGAGAAAACGUUUGCACAGGCAUCUCAACUAAAGAGCCAUCAACUCGUACACACAGGACAGAAGCUGUACCCUUGCAACUUGUGUGAUAAAAGUUUUUUUGGAAUAGGAGGGCUAAAGAAACACAAGAAAAAACACACUUGA